CCCUUUACUUUCUCUUUUUUUGAUUGAAUUUUUCAGAAAUUUAUGUAAUUUUCUGGCAGUUAUAUAAAUGUUUUUGGUGACUGCAAUAAUCAUGUAUACUGUUCCAAUUGAUGGUUUGGACUUUGGAGGCUGUAAAUUUGUAAUUUGAACUAUUACUUGAAAUUGGCUAAGCUCGAAUUUCGAUUAUUUCACUAGAGGUUUAAGGAUUUGAGAAAAAGAAAAGCAUCAAAUUAAAAACUAUCUUAGGAAAACAAAAUGUCUUGCCAGCUAAUCCUUUUCUUGAAACCCCUAUUAUCAAACCCUUAAACUUAUGCAUGUGUUCUACUAGGCCAAGCUUAGCUAGUGAAAAUGAUUGUUUUGAUAUAUCUUAUGCUUGCCCUAAUGUCCUAAUAUAUACUUGUACAUGUAAAUAAUCCAUACUACUGAGUAAAUUAUUGUUACUAAGCUAAGAGUACUCUAAGGUGUGCACUUUCUUGUUAGGAAAACAUUACCAAAAGGCGAAAGGACAUAAAAAAUUAUUCAUGUUCUUUUCAAGUAACCAUAUGUUCUUAAGGUGCACCAUGCUCACUGUGCACCAUGAUCCACCUUCUAAAUUGCGGGUAGCAACUUCUAACUUACAAAUGAAAAAUGGACAUUAGCAUGUACCAAAUUUUGUUUAGGAAAAUAGGAGUAUCACACUCAUAUAAGGACACAGUGCCGUGUGCAUCUAGCUCUAGGGGCAUUCUCUCAUAUUUUCCCCCUUACAUGUGCAAGAAACUACAUCAAUUUGAAGGUUAGAAGUAGAAUUAGAAGAAAAGUUACUGAAAUUAGAGGUAAAUUGGGCAAAUUAGAGAGCAACUAGUAAAAAUGGCAUACCUUUGGUGCACCAUAUAAGGCUCACGAAUCACGAUUUAUGUUCUCAUUGCGUUUCACUUUCAUUUAUUAGUUGAUAUUUAGUAUUUGGUCCUCUACUUUUUAUUUUCAAUUUUAUUAAUCAAUAAAUUUUGGUAGCAGUAGUACAUGAAUUGUGUGAUAGGAGAUUUGGAUUUGUAAUAUUAUGAUACAAAGAUGUCAUAGGUGGGGAGAUAUAUGUAGGAGUAGGAGCAUCAAUUUGGGUUGGAGUGAACUUGAUAAUUUAUAGAUAAAGAUUAAAGAAUGAGCAAGACUACCAAUAGUAAUUUAUAAUUACAAUCUUGCACAUGGGUGAGAUGCUCUUUUACUUACCUAGUUACGAGUUACGAAGUAGUUUUGGUUUGGCAACCAAAAGAAGAAGAAACUAAGCAAUUUUCCUCACUCCAUUCAAUUCAAUGGAAAUAAGCCAAAGUGUAAGAAAAGUAGUGAAACAUUUGUGGGAAACAUGGGAUAUCCGUGCAUUGAUGUUAGUCAGUCUGUUUAUCCAGGCUUUUCUUACACUUAUUGCACCCCUUAGAAAAUACAGUGCAAGCAGCAUUCUGGGGUUCUUGAUUUGGCUGCUUUAUUUGUCAGCUGAUACAAUUGGAAUAUUUGUCAUUGGUUUGAUUGCAAGUCAAGAAUUCAAUUCUCCCCAGAAGAAGGAGUUGCUUGCCUUUUGGGCACCAUUUCUUCUUCUACAUCUUGGCGGUCCAGACACAAUCACUGCUCUAGCCUUGCAGGAUAACGAGCUGUGGAAUCGACAUGCUCUACAGCUGGUUACCCAGGUAUUUCUCACCGUUUAUGUUUUUGUCCAAUCGUUUCCACAUAACAAUUUGUGGUUACCAACCGUGUUUAUGUUUGUCGAUGGAUUAAUCAAAUAUUUUGAGCGAACAUGUGCUUUGUAUUUCGCUAGCAAAGACAGUUUUAAGGACUCCCUGGUGUCUGAAUCUGCACCUGGGCCUAACUAUGCCAGGUUAAUGGAAGAGUACAUUAGCAAGAGAGAUGCAGUAAUCCCAAUCCCAGUCACAUUUGGUGAUGCUAGCUGUUCUACUGCUACUUGUUCUACUGCUAUUUCUACUGCUCCUGCUACUGCUCAGGUGAUGAAACCUGAUGAGAUGGUGAAAGAAGCUCACCGCUUUUAUGAUAUGUUCAAAGCCCUUUUAGCAGGUGAUUUUUUGAGUCUUGGGGAUCGUCAAACAAGUCUCGAAUUUUUUAUUAGUCGGCCUGGACAUGAAGCUUUUAGGAUCGUAGAGAUUGAACUCAACUUAAUCUAUGAUGUUUUCUAUACAAAGUUAUUUCUGUUGCAAAGGAAACGAGCUUUUGCUCGGGUUUUCUGCUUCAUUUCAGUUGUUGCAUCCGCAUUGAUCUUCUCUCUCAAGGACAGAAGCAAAUACCAGAAUGUUGAUGUUAUAAUAACAUUCGUCUUGCUUGGGGGAGCUAUAGCCUUGGACAUAUGCGCAUGUCUUAUGUUUGUAAUGUCAGAUUGGUGGAUUAUUGUCAUUUCCUCUGAUGGAAAUAAGCUGAAACGAUGCUUUCGAUCAGUAAUGUUGGUGAUUCUUAGGUGUUCAAGAUUGGUAAGACGACCCCAUCGCAGAAGAUGGUCCCAAUCCAUCUCAAAGUACAACUUGCUAAAACGUUGCUUUAAAAAGCCCCCAUCAAUAUUCUUCAACUUCAAAGGUUGGAUUUUUAGUAUGAAGCAGGUUAGGGAUACUUUGAUUGGUUUGGUAUAUGUGGAGAACCAGAAAGCAGACGAACAACUUGUGGAGUAUGUUAUAGAAGAGAUACAGAAGAGAGCUAAUAUAAGCACCAAUAUAGAGGUAGCUAAGGAAAUCUGUUCUUCAAGAGGUAAUUUAGUUUUACAUGAAGAUGAUAUCUUUGCUUCUGAGUGCUUAAGCAGUUGGACUAUAGACGUUGAUUAUGAUGAUAGUGUGUUAAUUUGGCACCUUGCUACUGAUAUCUGUUAUUGGACUAGUACUACCACAGAAAAUGAAAAUGACGCGACAGUAAAAUAUCGUAGUGUCAGUAAGGCACUCUCAGAUUACAUGUCAUAUCUUUUACUGAGGCAGCAGACGUUGCUAUCCUCAGUCGUGGGUAUGUCAGAUUCUCGGUUUGAAGACACGUGUAAAGAAGUUAACAAAUUCAUGAACCGUACAACAUACAUUCGUUCAUAUCCCUGGUGGAAGGCGGCUAACUGCAACAGGUUAUGGAGUCGAACCAUUUCUGCAGAAAGAAUAGAAAAGCAAUUUAGCAACAAGGUGCUUGAAGUGAACGUAGAUGUAGAGCCUAUGAAUGUCAAGGGGGACAGAAGCAAAUCCGUGCUUUUUGAUGCAUGUCGUCUUGUUAAACAAUUGGAAAUGUUUGGAGAUGAAAAGAAAUGGGAGAUAAUGAGCAAGGUCUGGGUAGAGUUGCUUUGUUAUGCUGCUGUUCGUUGUUCGCCUCGAUCUCAUAUUGAACAAUUAAGCAAAGGUGGGGAACUUAUCACACUUGCUUGGCUAUUUAUGGCUCACCUUGGCCUAGGGGAGCACUUCCUUUCAAGGCCUAAACGUACUACCAAGAAAAUGAUCAUCACUAAAUAGUUGAGAUUUGCUGGUUUUGGAAUUAUCUAUUAAAGGAAAACAAUUUGGGGGUGUUAGUUUUAUGCUUUCAAAAUAUCUACUAUUCCUUGUCAACUUUUGAAUUUCAAGUAGAGGGACUAGUAGUUGUAGAUUGAUAACUUUUAGCAUUAGUUUGUGCAUUAUAGGAAUUUCUUAUUAAUAGACUUGGUAAUGGUUUUGAACUUUUGAUAC